GCGCACAACAGAACCGAACCCUGUGCUCCGUUCUCGGGCUGUUCGACAGUUUCGAUACAGUGCCGUAAGCAGUCACAUCGGAAAUUGCUUCCGUUCCAGUGGUUCUCAGUGCAGGUACCGCGGGUUCGACGACUGGCCAAUCCGCAGAGGUGUGCAAGCUGUGUGCGUUGAGGUGAUGGCGGUGGUGGUGUUGGUGGUUACCGCUUGCCAUCCCGGUGAAUCAUUAUUGCGGUGAGUGUUCAGUUUAGUCUUUGCACCCGAGUGCCGUCCCAGUGUGAGUGUCGUGCAUUAGUUGCACCUCGUUGCCUUUGUGCAGCGCUACGUUGUGAACAUUAUAGUGGUACUAAGGUGAAAGAAACGAAAGAGUGUGUAACGAAAAAAGAAAACCAAAUCAAACCAAAAACGAACGAGCUCCGAAGUAGAGCUACGGAAGGAUACAGUGUGUUGUAUACAGGUGAUACAACCUGGUAGUUUGAAAGUGUGUCGCAGUUACUGCCGUUUCAGCGUCCAUUAACAUAGUAGCAGCAGCAGCAGCAGUAUCAGCUACGAUGUCAUCCUCAGUGUGGCCAGUGGCGUUUGCCCUUGUCCUGGUGACACUUUAUUCCACGGUCCCGUCUCAGGCUGCCUCACCACGAUGGGAACCACAGAUUUCGGUGCUGUGCGAAGCCGGACAGACGUACCAUCCGCAGUUCCUGUCGGAGGAAGGACGAUGGACCACGGAUCUGAGCAUCAAGGUGCCCGGCUCGACCUGUCUCCGCGACAAGAUGGAUCUGCUGGACUACUGCAAGAAGGUGUACCCGGGACGAGAUAUUACGAACAUUGUGGAGUCUUCGCACUACCAAAAGAUCGGUGGCUGGUGCCGUCAGGGUGCACUGAAUGCAGCCAAGUGCAAAGGAGCUCAGCGGUGGAUUAAACCGUUCCGGUGUCUCGAGGGACCCUUCCAGUCGGAUGCACUGCUCGUGCCGGAGGGCUGCCUGUUCGAUCACAUCCACAACGCGUCCCGGUGCUGGCCGUUCGUCAGGUGGAACCAAACCGGGGCCGCUGCCUGCCAGGAUCGCAACAUGCAGAUGCGUAGCUUCGCCAUGCUGCUGCCCUGCGGCAUCUCGCUCUUCUCCGGCGUAGAGUUCGUCUGCUGUCCCAAGCACUUCAAAGCCGUACCGAUGAAGGUGAAGAAAACGGACCUGCCGGUGCUGCCGCAGGACACGGACAUGCUGCCGGCGCUGGACGACGGCUCGGACGGUGCGUCGGACAACAACUCGGAGGACGACGAGGAGGAGGACGAGAUGGACGACGAGGAGGACGAGGAGAUGCUGGGCGACGAGCCGAUCGAGAGCGAGGACGACGAGUACGAUUCCGACGAAGACUUUGACUCGGGCAGCGACAAACCGGCCGCCGGUGCGGACACGAUCGAUACCGGUUCGGCCGCCUGGGAUAGCUUCACCACACCGCCACCGCCCGCAACAGGCAACAAGGAUGCGCUCAAGAAGCAGCAGCAGCCCGACAGCCUCGGUGCCGGCAUGCUGUACGCCGCUGCCGGUGGGUAUGCGGCCGCCAGCUCGACGGAACGGGCGGCUGGCGGUAUCGAGCUGGUGACGACACCGAUCACGGCCAUCCCGACGCCCGACCCGUACUUCACGCACUUCGAUCCGCGCAACGAACACCAGAGCUUCAAGAAUUUGCACGCCGAAUUUCAGGAAGCCCAGCAGCGGCUCGAGGAGAGCCACCGGGAGAAGGUGACGCGCGUGAUGAAGGACUGGUCCGAUCUGGAGGAGAAGUACCAGGACAUGCGGCUGGCCGACCCAAAGUCCGCGCAAACGUUCAAGCAGCGCAUGACGGCCCGGUUCCAGACUUCUGUGCAGGCACUGGAAGAGGAGGGCAACUCGGAGAAGCACCAGCUGGCGGCGAUGCACCAGCAGCGCGUCCUCGCCCACAUCAACCAGCGCAAGCGGGAAGCGAUGACCUGCUACACCCAGGCCCUGACGGAGCAACCGCCAAGCUCCCACCGGGUGGAAAAGUGUCUCCAGAAGCUGCUGCGUGCGCUCCACAAGGACCGUGCCCAUGCCCUGUCGCACUAUCGCCAUCUGCUCGGCUCGGGCGGUACCGGCGGCCUGGAGGCGGCUGCCUCCGAGCGUCCCCGCACGCUCGAGCGGCUGGUCGACAUUGACCGCGCGGUCAACCAAUCGAUGGCGAUGCUCAAGCGCUACCCGGAGCUGUCGGUGAAGCUGUCCCAGCUGAUGGACGACUACAUUCAGGCCCUGCGCUCGAAGGACGAGACGCCCGGCUCGAUGCUGGCGAUGACGGAGGAGGCGGAAGCGGCCAUCCUCGACAAGUACCGCAUGGAGAUUGAGCGCAAGGUUAGCGAGAAGGAGCGCCAGCGGUUGGCCGAAAAGCAGCGCAAGGAGCAGCGGGCCCAGGAGCGUGAGAAGAUUCGCGAGGAGAAGCUGCGCCUCGAGGCGAAGAAAAUGGAAGCCGCAUACAAGCAGCAGCAGCAGCAGCAGCAGCAACAGCAGCAGCAACAGCAGCAACAGCAGCAACAAAAGCAACAACAAGCUCAACAGCAAGCUCAACAGCAGGCGCAAAUGAUUGCAGCCACAUUCGCAGCUACGCAGCAGCAACAGCAGCAGCAACAGCAGCAGCAGCAGCAACAAUCGAUGCAAACCCAGCAACCCACACUGUCGGAGCAGCCGCAAACCCAGAAGCAGCAGCCGGACAUGGAAGCGCAAAAGGAAACGGAAACCACCAAGGACUACUCCGAGGAAGCGGUCGUGACAAGCCCCCAGCCGACCGCACUCCCAACAGUGGACGAUGAAGCGGUACAGCGCGCGGUCGAGGAAGUAGCGGCGGCCGUCGCCCAUCAGGAAGCCGAACCGAAGAUGCAACACGUUCUCGCCCACGACAUUGGCCACGGCGAACCGAGCUACUCGGUGCGGCGCGAGGUGUACAGCUCCAGCGGACGGGACAGCAAGAACGUUUACUUUACGGUCGGAUUCGCCGGCGUUGCCCUGAUGGCUGCGGUCUUUGUCGGUGUUGCCGUUGCCAAGUGGAAAGCUUCCCGAUCGCCCCAUGCUCAAGGAUUCGUCGAGGUGGAUCAGGUGAGUGGGGCAACUGGACACGGCCAGCGGUGCCCGGGAAUCGUGCUGCACUACAACAGCAACAUUCUUCCCGUUUUCCAGGCGGUCGGUGCACCGGUCACACCGGAGGAGCGGCACGUGGCCAACAUGCAGAUCAAUGGGUACGAGAAUCCAACCUACAAGUACUUCGAAAUUAAGGAGUAAGCACAGCUUUUGGCAGGACGCGGCAAACAACAUCCGGGCGCGCCACCCGGCCAAGGCCACCCGAAACGCUCGAUUCGGGCAGCCCGGCAGGGGGUGGUGUGUGUGUGUCAGAGUAGAAGGCAGUGUAGCAUGCAGUGCAAACAGCAAGAGCAACCCAAAGAUACUUCAGCGAAGCUCUAAGAUCCUUGAGCGAGUCACGAUUAAUGUCACGUAGGAGAGAAACAGAACGCCGUCAGUCAAGAAGUCAGUUACCGCUCCCCCCGCAGGAGGGUGAAAAUAAAAUGCAAGUGUAAAAUCGAUAUUUGUGGUAUAAGAAGGAGGGAAAAUAAGAAGAAGGAAAUGACACAUAUAACCACACACACACACACGUGCGCGCGCAGACAAGCAAGAGAAAGAAAAAGGAUGCAAAAAUACCAACCAAAGGCAGCAAAACUCUCUCAAAUAGCGCGUCUCCUAUAAUUCAACUAUUAAAAAAAAACCAGAUGCGCAAUUUUGUGGAAUGUUUUUUUUGUUUUAAUAAGCACACACACACACACGAACACUCACAAGUUGAUCGAUGUUUUGUGAAUACUCAUUCUAGUCCUAUCCCUCUGUUGAUGAGGCGUAAUCGCGAGCGUAUGGCAUUUUAAGUGAUGCAUUUUAAACUCGAUUUGUAGCUCAAAAACCAUCACGAUCACGAAAUGUGUGCGUGUAGCUACAAGUGUGUGUGUGUGUGUGUGCGUGUGUCUGCGCGUCUGUGUGUGUCACGUGUGUAAACGAACGUUUCGUGUGUGUAGUGCGCAAAGAAAGCUUGUAAGGCAGCAAACCAAGUCCGAUCGUUUGCUGCGGUAACAAUUUGAUGAAAUUCCCAACACAUCACACAUACACUGAGUGUCCUUUUGCGUGUAGAAAUAUAUAUAACAAAAAAAAACCACAACAACACGGGAGAAUUUGAACGUUUAGAAAAGUAAAAAUGCCAUGGAGCAUUAACCACUCUGCUACUACUAAUUGCUGCUGGGGACAGAGAGGCCGGCGCGCGUUUGUGUGUGGUGAUUGUAAACAGCAGCAGUAAAAACAACAACAACAACAACAAAAGCAACAACAAAAAAACACAAUUUUUGCAAACUAUUGUUUCAAACCGUUUUCCUUUCAACCUAUAAUCUUUACAACCUAUACGCCUCCCUAUAUCACUCUCGACUGUACAACCCCCGAGACCAGACGUAGAGCACGACGCUACCAAAGAAUAGUAUGAAACAGUCACCCUAUAAAUUACAUAGUUGAAGCUCUCGCUCUCACUCUCUCUCUCUCUCUCUCUCUCGCUCUCUAUCUUGCUGUGGCUCACGCUCUAGUCGCUUUUUUGAAACGCGCGCGGGCAAGCGGCCACAUACGAGCAAAUGCAUUACAACCGCAAUUCCACAGCACACACACAUACACAUUCUACGUAGAACAGUGCGCAAUAGCCUAGUUGCUAGUGAUAUGGGGCAGACCGCAGAGCUGCUUCUACCCUCAAACUCAUCAACUCACACCACCGUCACAUCCACGUCUCCUUCCCAGCUAGGAUCCAACCAGAAAGCAAACACUCAUGAGAGAGAGAUGGAGAGUGCCCGAGCCAGAGAAUAGUUAGAUAGCUAAGUAGCUAAUUAGUUAUUAAUUUUCUACAAUCGAUCGGUUACGCAGCUCAGGUUAACAACCAAAACCGGCAUCAUCCCACGGCUCUUACUUCAGGCGGGCAAUCACAUCCCCUCCUAUCGCUUACAACAUACGCCCUUAGCGACCGAUCGAUCGACGGAGGUGGGACGGACGCAACCGGUGCAACUAAACCACAAACACACACACAUACACGUACACAGAGACACGUACACUACUACAAUACUUCUCAUUUGAUAAGCUUGUAAGAAUAUACAUGCAUUAAUAAACGUACAUUAUACAACCAAUUGCAUUAGAUCUAUAUAUCUAUAUAUUAUAUAUAUAUUCGCUUGACGCGCGUUUUGGGCCUGGGCAGGCGGAUGAUGGCACAGGGUGUAUGUUGAUAGUGACGAUGGGUGUAAGGGAAAAUGCCCUACUCUCUCCCCCCCCCCUCCACCAAUUAUAAUCAAGCUGCAAGGAAGGGGAGGGCAAGCGAAUCUCUUUUGCUGCACAGGCCCUGGCCUGCAUAAAUCCGCGUACAGGAUGAACAUGGCUCAUUGCACCCAGCGCAGCAACAAACAGACAAACAAACAGGAUUGAAACAAACAAGUAAUGCCAACCCGCUAUUGAAGUAUAUACAUAUAUUUUUUGUAAUACACACACACACAAACACAACCUUUCCCAAAAACACACACACACACACAACUGCUAUACGCUUUGAAAUUUCAUAUUUAUACUACCUUAAUAAAACAGAAGAAGAAGAAAAAAACAAUAACAACCCCAAAAAAAGUGACGUAAACGCAUCUGCUAUAUAUUUACAAUUGAAAAAAAAAGGAAACAAAAGCGUGUUAUAAAAGCAAGUAAUUCAAACAAACAAAACAAAAAACGUAACAACAGCAGCACCAGCAAGCAUUCGGAACAAUAAGAGAUGCAGUGGAUGUUGGUGGAAGAGUAAUAAAACAAAACCAAACAGCCACACACUAACACAUCAACAACGUUUGCAUAAUACUCUCGUCUGGCUGAAGUGGGAAAAGAGCAACAAUCCAUGGAGAUACACGCACACACACACAUUUUACCACCCAACCGAACCAUGCCAAACCAUAGUUUGCAACCGUUCCGAGUCCCCAUUCUAGUCUCCAUACUAGGCAACAGACGUGGUUUCAGAGCAAACGAACAUCGAGGCGUUUUUAAUUUUCCUCCUAUCACACCUAUCCUUACAAAACACACCUGUUAACCCUGGACACUGGCUCCUUUACGCUUUCUGCAAUAACAUUGUAAUAAAAUAAAAUGAAAAGAAACAACCCAAAGCUCGUUCUUGCAAGCAACCCAUUAUCACACCUAUCAAACCACCAAACGUGUGCACUGUUGAAUCCACAAAGCCACACCACUAGAGCAGGCGUGCAGCAGAAGCAAGAGAGAUGUUGCAUCAACAAUAAUUUUACAACCCUUAACUAAAGACAUAAAAAAGAAGAAAAAAAAACAAGCUGAAAACAACAACAGGAUAACAAGACAGUGCAAACAAACGAGAGCUUCUUCCGCAUUCUAGCAUUAUAUUCGCACACGUCUAGGUAGCAAGCGAAGCAGGCGGCGCAGGGUAUUGCAUUUCAAGCACAGGGAUUUCCUCCGCGCAGCAUAUCGUCGUCGUCCGUCUUCUUCCGCAAAUCAUCUCUCUCUCUCACAUACACUCUGCCUGUUUUUUAUCCACACAAACCACACACACACUCAUUACGCUGCUCUUAAGGCCGGGUGAUGCUUCUGCCCGCAGCAGAAAAGCUAUAGAACUCCACUAAUAGAUGUUUUGUUUUUUUGCUGGCUUUGCCAAUAGAAAAGAAGCAGUCCGUGACGGAAGAUAUAGAGAGGGAUGUAAACAAGCAAAAAAACACACAGCAAGCCUGCAGGCAAGACCGAUAGGGCCAAGCAAUUCGGGGGAAAAGUGCAACAAAACUAAAACAAAAAAAAACCGCAACACAAUCCACAAUCACUCAGCUGAGGUUACAGUCGGAAAAUUGCAUCCUAGGCAAAAAAAAAGAAAAUUCGUCCAUUUUUGUAGGAUUUUUCGACGCGCGUUAAUAUAGGUGUUAGAGAAACAAACAAACAAACAAAAAAAAAACAAAUGCUAAACAAAAAAGGAAGCAAAUCUUAUCGCAAACAGAUAGUGUAUGUGUGUGUGUGUGAGUGAGUGUCAUUAAGUCCCCUUUUCCGCCCCUCCCAACACAGUCGCGCACCUGGACAGCAGCAACUGCUUUAGUAUGCGGGCAGGGCGGAAAUGAACUACUAAUUAUAUAGAAAGGCCGAAGAUGACGAGGAUGAUGAUGAUGAUGAUGGUAGUAAAUACAUCAGUGUUACAGAUAGCGCUUGUUGACAACACUCUCUGCACACUUGACAAACGUGCUGCUGAUAGUGGUAGCCUGUGAGAGCCGCCUGGCCCAAACAAAGCUGUGCAGCGCUGAACAAUCUUACACGUGAAACACGCUGCAUAAUGCACGCUCUCCUCCGAGGGGACUGUAGAAGGCUUUCGAUACCAUCAUGCAUAGAAUGUUGAUUUCUGUUACGUUAACGCUAACCAUUUUUUUUUUUUACCGGUACGUUCCGGUCUGCGUGGGGUUGAACCCGAGCUGCCCGAAUGUACCGAAUGCAAUGUCGUAUGCCUCGUAUGCGAUCACACACACUUUUGUUUGUGCAAUGGUUUUAUACUAGCUGGUUUUUUAUCUUUCAUUGAUGGGUAGUUGCUAUAACCCAGAUAGUGGGAGCCACCCAAUCAUAGCCAGGCUGAGACGGUCCGUGACCCGUACACAUUGCCGUAACUAACCGCACUAUCCAUUAGUUAUGCUCUACUUUAACGUGUCCGCUUGGUUUUGGCGGUAUACAGGGAGUUGGUUGUCAUUCCUUCCCUUUCUACUGAGUCUACUACUACUAUUGCGGUGGCUUGGUUCAAUACACUGAUUAAAUGAAAUUUUGAAAAUAUAUUAAAGAAAACUGACUCAAAAUAAUAAACACCCAAACACACAGCAGUAAAAGAAGGUCAUACUAAAUGAAGCGAAAGAAAAAGUAGUGGAAUGAAGAGAAGAAGAGAAAACACACACACAACCACACAACACAUAUAUAUAUAAUCUAUGUAUAAAGGACAGCAAAACGAUUGGUAAAAGAAAGAAAUGUAAGCAA